CUCCAACCUCCGAUUUCUGCGCCCGUUGCCCGUUGUCCACAUUAUUUUGCGACACCUGAGGGGGGAAAUACAGUUUCUCAUCACCACCUCCUCGUACAGAAUCGGCCGGUGUGCGCAGAGACGUGUCUAACGCAUCAUGGCUUUAUUACAAUAUCCAGCGCCGGUCGAUUAUCCGGCCCAGCUGGACGCCUUCAAGGACUUUCUGAAGCACUUCAAGACCUUCGAAUCCGCGUCAGAGUCAGCUGCGACUGAGGCGAUUGAGGACCUGCAUAUUGACGGUGAUACAACCAGUGACGAAUAUGACUUCAUGGACGAUGUUGAGCAGGAUGGAGCGGGCGGAACAGGGAGAAACAGAAGACGACGAGAGCCGAAGCAGAAGUAUAUGCAAAUGCUGCAAGAGGUGGCAGAUCGGGAGCGUAACCACAUCCUGAUUGAGUUGGACGAUCUGGAAGCGUUCGAAAAAACUCUUCCCGACGAUGCAAAUUUGAAGCUUGUCGAGACGGUCCAGCGCAACACGAAACACUAUGUCGACAUUUUCUCUCAAGCUGUGGAUGAAGUCAUGCCAAAAGAGACCAAGGAAAUGACUUUCAAGGACGAUGUUCUCGACGUUAUCAUGUCGCAGAGAGAAAAGCGCAAUGAAACAAUGGCUAUGGCGAUGGAGGCUGACAUGGAUGCCGCGAUGACAGCGCCGUCAAUGUUCCCUCCGGAACUGACCCGUCGAUACACCCUCAACUUCAAGCCCCUUACUCCAUCUGGCUCCAGCAGUGAUCGCAGCUCGAAGGCACUGGCAGUGCGAAAUGUGAGAGGUGAACAUCUCGGCAGUUUGAUCACCGUCAGAGGUAUCACCACGCGAGUUUCAGAUGUCAAGCCGGCGGUUGAGAUCAACGCCUACACUUGCGACCGUUGUGGAUGCGAAGUCUUCCAACCGAUCACGACGAAACAGUUCAUUCCCAUGACAGAAUGCCCGUCAGAAGAGUGCAAGAAGAACAAUUCCAAGGGCCAGCUGUUCCUGUCUACCCGCGCGUCCAAGUUCAUCCCUUUUCAGGAAGUCAAGAUCCAGGAGAUGGCCGACCAAGUGCCGGUGGGCCAUAUCCCCCGUACCAUGACUAUUCACUGUCAUGGGGCUUUGACACGGCAGGUUAACCCUGGUGAUGUCGUGGAUAUAGCGGGAAUCUUCUUGCCUGUCCCCUAUACGGGUUUCAGGGCAAUCCGUGCCGGUCUGCUGACAGACACCUACCUGGAGGCUCAGCAUAUCACCCAGCACAAGAAGGCAUACAAUGAUCUCAUUAUGGACCCUCGCACUCUUAAGCGGAUCGAACAAUAUAAGAACUCUGGGAAUAUGUACGACAUUCUCGCUCGCUCUAUUGCACCCGAGAUCUACGGUCAUCUGGACGUGAAGAAAGCACUCCUUCUACUUCUUAUCGGAGGUGUGACGAAGGAAAUGGGCGAUGGUAUGCACAUUCGUGGAGAUAUCAAUAUCUGUCUCAUGGGUGAUCCUGGUGUUGCCAAGUCGCAGCUGCUCAAGUACAUCGUCAAGGUGGCUCCUCGAGGUGUCUACACGACCGGUCGUGGAAGCAGUGGUGUCGGUCUUACUGCUGCCGUGAUGCGAGAUCCAGUCACGGACGAAAUGGUCCUCGAAGGAGGUGCUCUUGUGCUUGCAGACAACGGUAUCUGCUGUAUUGAUGAGUUCGACAAGAUGGACGAUACCGAUCGAACCGCUAUCCACGAAGUGAUGGAACAGCAGACCAUUUCGAUUUCCAAGGCAGGAAUUUCCACCACUCUCAACGCGCGUACAUCUAUUCUCGCCGCUGCCAACCCUCUGUAUGGACGCUACAACCCGCGUGUCUCCCCUGUGGAGAACAUCAACCUUCCAGCGGCCCUUCUAUCACGUUUUGAUAUCCUUUUCCUUCUUCUUGAUACUCCUUCUCCCGACGGGGAUGAGGAACUAGCAAACCAUGUCACCUACGUCCACAUGCAUAACAAGCACCCGGACACCGGGGAGAGUGCCGUCGUGUUCACUGCUUCUGAAGUCCGACAGUAUAUUGCCAAGGCCCGAACAUACCGCCCUGUUGUCCCUCAGUCGGUGUCCGACUACAUGGUCGGUGCAUAUGUACGGAUGCGCAACCAGCAAAAGAAGGAAGACGGCACCAAGAAGCAGUUCUCUCACACUACUCCUCGUACUCUUCUGGGAGUUAUUCGUUUGUCCCAGGCGUUGGCCCGUCUCCGAUUCAGCGAGGAAGUUGUCGAGGAGGACGUGGACGAGGCCUUGCGUCUGAUUGAGGUUAGCAAGGCAUCUCUGCGCAACGAUGGCCAGGGCGGCCAGGACCAGAGCCCCACCACCAAGAUCUACAACUUGAUUCGUGCCAUGAGGGACAGCGGAGCUGCGGCUGUUGGUGAUGGCGAGGAGGGAGAACUGAGCAUGAAGAGAAUCCGUGAGCGUGUCCUCGCGAAGGGAUUCACUGAGGACCAGCUCGUGCAGACUGUUGACGAGUACGCUAACAUGGACGUCUGGCAAAUCACGGGCAACGGGACGCGUCUCAUGUUCGUCGAGAACGAUGGCAUGGACAUGUGAGACAUCGUUCAGAUGGAAAAGCGAAACAUCCUCUUCUAUUUCUCCCGUUUCCCUUAAUAUCUGUUUCUGUUCUGGAUUACGGUCUGAUCUAUUAAUGUGAUCUCAUGUGAUAUCGUCAUGGCAGGUAGAGUGGGACCCGGUGUGGUAUGGCGUUCGUGUCUUGACAGACAAAUUAUUCGAG